AUGUCCGCCAAGGAGUCUGGCUACAUAAAAAAGACGCAAGCUAGGAACAAGUUUCAGGAUCUCGUGCCGCCCAGACCAGCGGUGUCCGAAAAGGCCAUGAUGUACAGGGAAAGGUCAAGGCAAAAGAAUGCCACAAUACUCGAGGAAAAGGCUCGGUGGACGGAGAUCGACCGUGCACGUGAAGCGCGGCUGGCUAGGAAAAGAUCAGAAACGGAGCAGGCAGAGAGAAAUAAGGAUGCGCUAUUCUAUGGUGUCGCAAGGCUUGCAGACAAGCGAAUGGCCCCUCCAGACGGAGACAAUGCGGGGCAUACCUCUCCAGCAGAUGAUGCGGAAGACGCGACAAGUAUCGAAGGCAGCUCCAAAGCUACGCAUGACCUCUUUGGAAAUGACGGACGUUCCAACUCUGACUCCAAAGCGCCUGGCACUCUUGUUGGACGCCCACAGCCCAGAUUCCAAUUUGGCGUUCGGAGCGCAGGCAAGACGCCGCUUCCCGAAGAAAGUAAGGCUGAGGUGCACGCCAAGUCGUUGCGAGAUAGCGAGGCCAAAUCGAGCAUCGAAAGACUCAAGAAGCGCAUCAGGGCCAUGCUGUUCGAGACGCCGAGCGUGGGGGCUGCCAGUGUGGAUGCUCGACCGGGAGAUGUGGUGGAGUGGAGGAAGGGCGAGAGCGGGUCGCCGGAGCUGUGUGCCAUCUUGCCAAUGCCAGAGGCGACGGGUGAUGAGGACUAUCGUAGCACCGGCGAAAGGUCUCGAGGAGACACCCUUAUCGCGAGAAACAACAAGGCGUUGUUGACGUCGAAAGGUUCAGUCUACCUGGCAUCCUCGUCAGAACUCAUGUUCAGAAUUCCAGACUUCUUCAACCGUGAUUUGGCAGCCAGAGCGACGCCCACCGAGGCGAAGUACUUUACGAAUGACUCUGUAGAUGCUCCGGCGGCACAGACAUUUGACGACCAUCUGCGCAUCCUCAAAGAGCAAGGCAAUGCUGUUUCGUUCGAAACAGAUCUGCAGGGCUCAGAAGCAGCAGCAACAUCGACAACAGACCGGGCCAAGCAUCCCAUCAAUCCGUUUGAGGAGCCGUUCGACGAAGACCGAUUCAGUGCCAGAAAUCGAAUCACUAGAGAUCUCAGAGUUUUUGCCCAUAUUUUAGAGGAAGAGAAGAAGAGGCUCGCGCCAGUCGUCGCCCGACGUUGCCUUUCAGAUCCUGAUGCCCUGCGCGAGGAAGGCGGGACAUUCUCAGCCGAAGAGGUCGCUUCGGACAUAGAUGAGGCCCUCUAUGCGAUCGCCUCGUCGAAUGCUCCCAAGAUCAAUAGAGUCAUCACCAAGCCGCUUUCCAGGGUGCGAAUGAGAAGAGCGCUUCAGGCGCAGGCUGAGGCUGGGAAGAAUCCAUACGUUCUGGAAAAGAAGCAGGAGUUGGAGGUUGAAGAUCCGGGCUUGAGGGCCAUCACCGUCUUAGCAGUUCAUCAGCUCCUUUUCCAGCAUACACACGCUUUCUUGCCCGAUACCUUUGCGUAUCUGCAGACCCUGCUGUAUGCCGGUCGGUUACCUGAAGAGCGCACCUCGAUGGAGCUCGUCAAGAGCUGGGUGCGCUCCCCGCCUGGCUCAGCUGGUCGGAGCAUUAUCGAAACCUUUUGCUCCAAAGCCAAGAAGGUCUUGGAUUGGAGAAGCAAGCGGAAUGUGUCCUUUGAAGAGGGCGCACCCCGCGCCGUCACACUGCAAAAUCGCGAUGGGCCGGGAGUGGAAUGGAACAAGGAUGACGCGACGAUAAUCACCUUCCUCAAGACCAUGCUUGGCACGCGGCGCACGAGUGCUCUCCAAGGCAACGACUACGCCGCACUUGCGUCGCAGAUUGUGAAGGGAUGUGGUCUGGACUUUGCAGUCAGACCCACGCUUCAGGGUGAACCAUCUGAAGUGCCGCCUUUCCUCGAAGGAAGGGGCAGCGAUGUGAUCGAUAGCUCGACUGACUUGCAACACGCCGUCACGCACCACCUCUUGAUUCGACUCGGAGCUCUGGCACCUUGGCAGACUACGUUGGAUCUCGAUCCUUACUACAAGACGUUGUUUGCUGCAGACAAGUCCACCGCAGCUUCGACCAAGGUGCGGCUCACGGCUGCGGAAGCGGAGACUCAGAGACACGACUUUGGCCAGCUGGAAGUGUUCGUCAUCGAUGAUGCGAUGGCUUUCGAGCUAGAUGACGGUGUUUCGAUCGAGAAAGUACCCGAAUCACCAGGAACCCACUGGAUGCAUGUACAUGUAGCCGACCCAACGGCUCUUCUAGAUUCGAGCGAUCCAGUCGCUCUUGAAGCCAAGCGAAGACAUGAAAGCACGUACCUGUCCGGUCAGCAGAUCUCCAUGCUGCCUCACUCUUUCACCAUAGCCAGCCAUCUUGGCUCAGCAGGCUUGGAAGAGACAGAGGCUAAGAGGAGGCAGGAUGAAGGUCUCAGAGUGUUGAGUUACAGCGCCAAAGUCGACGAGAGGGGCAGAGUGCACGACUACAAAGUGAGACCAUCUUUGAUCAAGAACGUCAAGGUGACUACGUACGAAGAAAUUGGUAGGAUACUAGGAGGAAGAGAAGGCGCUUCUUCUCCAAGCCUUGCAGGGCACGCAGAGACGGUGCGACAGCUGCACAAAGUGACUCAGUCGUUGAUGCUGCGCCGAGUCGAGGAUGGCGCCUUUUUCGCUUCGAGAACGAACGUCGAAGUCAAGGUGGAGCCUAUGCCCUUGCCGCUGCACUCCUCGACAGACGCUGCUUCAACGCUCAACGUCUACGAAGGCUUCCCAUCGAUUGAUCUCAAGAUGCAUUCUGCAGCUUCGCGAGAGUCGAACCAUUUUACUGGCAUAGCUCAAGAGAUGGUGGCCGAAGCGAUGAUACUGGCCGGCAGGGUAGCAGGUACUGUAGCCUCUGAUCUGAAUGUGCCAGUCAUCUAUCGAGGACAAAGCUCUCCCUCCGCAGCCGACGUGUCGCGCAUCUUGCGCAGGAGGGACGAAAUGGGAAGGAUCAAUCAAGUGGAUUUCUUGACUAGCGAUAUUCGGGUCAGCACGGGGUACGCAUCCACCAUUCCCGUGCCUCACUUUGCCCUUGGCAUCACGGCCGACGGUACGAAGGGAGUGAGAGAUGCACUCACCAAAGGAGGCUACUCUAGAGGUACCUCUCCACUUCGUAGGUAUGUCGAUCUGAUCACGCACUGGCAGAUCAAGUCUGCGCUUCGAGGUGCCAAACCGAGGUGGAACGUGGAAGAGCUGCAAGGCGAAUUGCCCAGGUUCAAAUUCAUGGAACAAAGAAUGUCGGCGAACGAAAGGAGCAUCAAUCAAUUUUGGGCGUGCAUGAAGCUGCACCGCAUAUUGCAAAAGAGACGCAGAGGGGCUGAAUUGUCAGAGGUAGAAGCUGCACUAUUGAAACCUCAGCCGGCAGUGGUCUCUUUGGCCGAUCUGAGAUUCAGUAGGGUCAGACAUGACGCUCGAAUCAGGGUGCAGUUGACCGAUCUUGGAUUGCCUGCCGAGAUGCUUUGGGAUAGGACCACGCCGCCCUUACCCAUCGGCACCGUGCUGGACGUGCAGGUGCACGAAAUCUUCUACACCGGCGCCAUCAUCACUCUUAUCGUCAAGCCUGCGCAAGUCUGA